AUAUGUGCAGAGAUAGAGUGAGAGAGAGGUAAAGAGAGAGGGAGGGAGUUCUCUCUUAUCUGUUACUUGAAAACCAAUGGAAAACCAGGCCAUGGUCUCUCUUCUUCUAGGGCUUGCUAUUCUAGCAGUAGUAGAUGGCAAUUCAGAAGUUGAUAUACUCUACAGUCAAAGAUUGGCUUGGACUGACCCAAAUAAUGUUCUUCAGAGCUGGGAUCCUACUUUGGUUAAUCCAUGCACAUGGUUCCAUGUCACCUGCAACAACGACAACUCGGUCAUAAGGGUGGAUCUGGGGGAGGCAGGGUUGGCUGGGCCUCUUAUCCCACAGCUGGGAAUGUUGGCAAACCUUCAAUACCUGGAGCUCUUUGGAAACAGAAUAAGUGGAUCAAUACCAAAGGAGUUGGGAAAACUGAGCCACCUAGUGAGCUUGGAUCUCCAACAGAAUUUACUAUCUGGUCCCAUACCAUCUUCUCUUGGCAACAUUGAGUCACUGAGAUAUCUGAGAUUGAAUGGAAACAUGCUUACUGGCGAGAUACCCAUCGAGAUUCUUAAUCUUAUCCGCACUGGCAAUUUGCGUGUCAUGAAUGUUUCUGGUAACUAUUUGGUUGGCACAAUUAGAAGAUCCGAGCAGACAGGAUUUACAGUUACCACGAUCAUCCAAGACCGAAGGGCAUCCAACUGACUCAAAGACAGCUCCACCGAUUGCAGCAGAAUGAUAAAAUAGCGUUGUAUGUUUAGCAUCGAAGUGACUCAAAGACCUGUACUACUAGCUAAAGGGAAAGCAUUUGGGAUCCCUUGCUCAUUGCCUGCAUCAUUUGGAAUUUCUGUUCUGCCUCUUAGAGUACUCUCAACUCUACUUGGUUUCUAUUGAAUGCAACCUAUUUUAAAUGAUGGCGUUGACCCUCUGAUUAUGGAGGCAUGGGAGGCUGUUGAUGAGCUAGGCUGGUGAGCAAGGAUGGUAUCUUUGAAUCACCUUCGCCGCCGCCUCAGCGGUAGCCCAGUUGGAACGGACCAAAUACUUCCACUCUCCCGACCACGGUUCGAAACGCACGUGCGUCCAUUAAAUGGAGGAGCGGAUGCCCUAAGCCUUGAUCGGGGUGCGUGGAGUGGCAUUUGAUCCGGCUGGCACUCGCAUGUGGCACCAAGAUGAUGUACUCACCUUCAUGGUGGGGAGUAGCGGCCCGACGCUACGAAUCGAACAUUCCUUGAUGGGAGAGGUCCUCAGUGGAGAGGUAGCUACAUCAGGUUCUCCCCCUCUUCCUUUUCUGUAAC